UUGUCAUUCUAUAUUGUACUACUACUAUUACUUCUACUACUACUGUGAUCAUUUCUCUGCAAUCAAAACUAAAACAAUGGCUGCAGUUUUGAGAGAAAAACAACUUCUGUUUAUAGGAUUCUUCAUUUCUUUCAUUACUGUUGUUUUAUCGGCACGCCACCACCAGCAGCGUAAACUCUAUACACCUCCAACUCUCAAAAAUCUAAACGAUAAUUUCCCUCGUCAAACCUUCGAUCAAGCCUUUUCUCCUUAUUUUGGAGGAUCAAAUCUUCAGGUUAGAGAUAAGGGAGCUUCCGUUGAUAUCAGUCUAAAUAAAUACACUGGUUCUGGAUUUAUAUCACAAAACCGGUACCAUUACGGAUUCUUCAGUGCAUCCAUCAAGUUUCCUGCCGGGGAUUACUCAGCUGGCGUUGUCCUUGCUUUCUACUUGUCAAACCAAGAUGUAUAUCCUAGAAGCCACGACGAGAUAGACUUCGAAUUUCUUGGACAUGCAAAGAGGAAACCAUGGAAUUUGCAAACUAACGUCUACGGCAACGGGAGCGUGAAAUAUCACGGCCGAGAAGAGAAAAUUCGUCUUUGGUUCGACCCUACAAAACAAUUUCAUACUUACACGAUCAUUUGGAACUCUAACCACAUUGUAUUUCUUGUUGACAAUAUACCAAUAAGAGAGGUAACCUAUACUAAAACGAUAUCUCCAGCGUACCCUUCGAAACCCAUGACUCUAUACUCCACAAUAUGGGAUGGAUCACCUUGGGCUACUGAUGGUGGAAAAUAUAAAGUCGAUUACAAGCUAUCUCCUUUUGUAGCUUCAUUUGAGAAAUUGCAAGUGGAAGGUUGUAUUUGGAAUAAUCGAACAAAGUCAUCCCUAGCACCAUCCCCUUCACCAACAAUGUCACCGGCGCAAUCUCCUUCCCCAUCUCCGGGUACUCCUUCAUCAGCACCACUCUUUUCGUGUACUAAGAGCGGCGGUAACGGGAAAACGGAUUCAGUAGAAGGAGAAGAUGUUAUAAGGUUAUCGGAAGAACAGAGAAAAGCAAUGGCGGAAAUAAGAAAGGAGUACCUGACUUACUCUUACUGUAAAGACAAAAAUAGAUUUCCUGUUUUACCACCUGAAUGCAAUUCACAGUAAUACUUACCACUUAUGCAUAUUCAAUUAUUAUUAGCUAAUUAAUUAUUCUUUUAAAAUGUAAACAAAUUAUUUUUCUGUUGUAAUACUGAUUUUUUCUGUAAUAUAUAAAAUAUAUAAAUGGAAAUUCAUUUUAUUUUAGUUUGUAUA